AUGGACCAGGAUGGGAAUCCCAUUUCCACCUACUCAGCCGUUAUUGAAUGGCGCCAAGGGAGGAAACAACGAGGAGGGUGGCCUCACUACAGAGGCACUGUCAUUUUCGUUAGUGCUUCUCGUUUUGACACAAUCCGUAAACUGAACUCACUGCUGAAGGAAGAAGAACCUGUAGAGCUGACAAAGAGGGCGUCAGUGCCCCCCCAAAAAUAUGGGGAAGAUUCGGAUGGCACAACCGAUGAUGAGACUCAGUAUUGCAAGUUAAGCAAUAGCUGUGUUUUUCUUUUGGUUUUCUAUCUCAAUGAUUGUACUUUCCUUUCUCUUGACACCCAGAAGUCAAAGGCUCCCAUAAGGAGAGACCCCGCAGAAGAGUUCCUUAAGCAAUACGGUCAAUCACAGCCUUCUUCAGAUAAUCAUAAUCUGACUAAGACUGUGGUGGAAUUACAGCAGGAGAUCAAGGACCUGAAAGCAGAGAAUGCUAAAUUGAAGGAGAUGGCUCUUCAAGAUGUGCCAGGACUCCUACAGAGCUUGAGGAAUAUAAUUGAUUCGGCUGCACCUCCUAAGAGAUCCAGGGUGGAGCUUGCCACACCAUCGCCGGCCCUUGCAGGUUCUAUGCAGUCCAGGUCCACUUCUCCAUCUGCCACUUCGCUGUCCCUCCCCAGAUCUACGCUGUCCAGUUCGUCUGCAUCUGCAUCACCUACUGUCUCUCAGUCUUCUAAGGUGGAGAUCCAUCCUGGGACCGGAGUCAUGGUUGAGAAACUGGCGUGGGCCUAUGCCCUCAAUGCAAAUUCUGCCACAGUUUUUGUGAGGCAUCUGCUCACCGCAGUCUUCCCAGUGGAAGUACUGCUGGUGAGCAAUCUUCGGGGGAACAAACGAGGGAGAGGAGAGGCUCGUCUACCACUGGACAAAAAUAAAUUAAAUGCAAUUUACAGUGCAGCUCUUGAGAGGUGGCCAGGGACCCAGCUCUCCAGCAUUGGAAGCACAAUCAAUGCCAAGAUUACUGAGCUCAGGUCAAAAAGUAAAAACGUUGAUGCAGCUCCCCAUUAA